AUGCGCCUUCAGUUGUGACCUUCCUAAAUUGGAAGGUGGAGUAGAUGUCUCCAAAUCAAGGAAAGCGCCGCCUCGUGACCCCAACCUGUCAGAUGCACGCGCGUGAUCCCGAAAGAUUAAUGUCACUGAUCGAUCGAUAAGAUAUUGUCUAAAGAACUACACUACAAGCCGGUGGAGGAAACUUUGGAGCUUAUCCACUGUCCCCUGGAAUUCUGUUCAGGUACAGUCCAAAUCAGGCAGGAUAGACGCGAAAAGAAGCAUCCGACCCAGACUUUUCUCAUCGGCAUCUCAAUCACCGAGACGAACCACCUCUGUUGCUGUGGUCCCGCACCGAAGACGGAGAGCAACUGCGUCAUCCACUGCUUUCCAUCACCGCGUAGCAGUAUCUUAUUUUAAUUCAUAAUUUAGCUUUAAAGCUCUUCUGCUCCCAUCAGCAGUGCGGAUCUAGAUCUUUUCUUUACUUGCUCAGCACAACACCAUGGUGGUAUUCGUGGACUUGGACCAUGAUACAUUCAGCAAGAAUCAGUUCUCGCAUGGGCCCGAUGCUUUGCCGCAUCUCUUCGCUGAACCGGGGAAGUCGACAUUGUCCAAGUUGAUGGUUGUCGGAGCUCCACAGUCCGCAAAGCUGCCUACUGACGAUGAUAUUUCCACCGACCCGACACGCGAUGCUUCACAGUCUCAAUUGGAAGAACAAAAUCAAAAUCAAAAUGCCUUCUCCGCUGCUUUGGGCUGUUAUCCGAUCGUUAAAGAAAUCGCCCGAUCAGUGGAUCUCAACACGCUGCACGCCCUAUCUCGGACAUGCCGCCAAUUCCAUGCGAACCUGGCACCCUACCGCCACCAACUAGUCAAGCAAACCCUACGCUGCGAGAAUGAAUACAUCGAGACGCUGUCAGACCUGCUACGUAGCGGUACUCCGAUCCCCGACAGCGUCAAGUCCGUGAUCCGACUUCUGAGCAAAGAGGCCAGGGGCUCUGGGCGUCUAACUGCCGGCAAAGUUGCCAAAUGUGCUCGAGACAUGGUUGGCGAGUGUCGGCGAUGCUCCAAAGUGGUUUGUCGCAAUUGCACAGCAAAACCACCAACCAGCAAUAUGCUGAAGAACCGCAUCCGUCGUCUCUGCAACGCCUGUCAGACAGCCCCGCUAGCCGAUCUUCUUGCUUUGUCUCCUCCGAGCCUAUCUGCCUAUGAUACUCAGCCUUUGUCAUCCGAGCAGCCUAGCUUUACAACUGAAGCUUUUCAGCGUACUCCUUGUUCCUGUGCAGACUCCGUCUGGCUCUGUCAUCAGUGCGGAAUGUUCGUACGUAACAGUGACACAACGUACCGCCGCGUAUGGACAUGGCGGACCAGAUACAGUACCUACCUGGGAGGGCUAGGCACUGGUAUUGGCGAGGGCUGUCAGGGCGUCAAAUGCGGUCGUGGAGAAACUUGCUUGGCGGCUCAAGAAAUCGAGCUCGAAGUAGAAUGCGAAGCAGACGGGUCUUCAGGCAGUCCACACGGAACUGGAUAUGGAAAUAUGGGAUCACAUAAUCAUCCGAACGACCGUCGGGACAGCCGUGAAGAAGAAGAGCCCGGGUAUUUCCGACAAGAGAUCAUCGGAAUUGGAGGUGUGGUCAAACAUAAAGCCAAGAAACGGGUUCUGGUGGGGGCCUGUGUCGUUGAACACGAGGAUGAGAGAGAAACAGGCCAAUAUUUGGCACGUGAAGAGGCUGGGCAACAUCGAAGCUGGUGUGGAUGGUGCUGGAGAGUGAUUCCAUCCCAGAGUGACUUACACAAGUGACUCGGACGUCGAGGGGUUUGUUUCAAGUUUCGCAUCGCAUAGCUAGCAAUUGAUUUUCUACCACAAGCAUCCAUCGUACAUACAUCUACAUCAAUCAACCCAUUCAACCGCAUCAAAAAAGCAACCCCAACCCUGCAAAUACCAAACAACCCCAAAGCUCCCAGAAAUAGCACGAAACAAACGCAACUCCCCAGCCGAAUUCCCAACCCAGCCAAGAACCCCGCAUGCCAAAAAGGCAAUCUAGCAUUAAGCUUCGGGGGAAAGCCUGGCUAAUGAUCCUUCAGGCGUAUCCGAUCCGGAAAUAGAUUCUGCAUCGGGGAGGCUGUGUUGUUGGAACAGAGGUGGUUGGUAUUGAGUUCGGAAGGAUUGGGGCUAUGGAGCUUAGGUCUAUCUCGCGAGGAGGAGAUCGUUUCCCCCCCCUCCCCCGGCCUCAGUUUGAGGGCGAGUAUGUACGUACGUACGUACGUACACACACACUGUAUAUGUGGUUCUGUGUUUUGUGGAUGUUGCAUUAGACUCGAGUUUGGGUUUCACUGGGGGAUCUCGUAUUUGGGUGCUACUGUUACACUGUGGGUUUGAGGUAGGAUAUUACUAUAGUUACACAUUGUAUGGAAGAUGCAG